UCACUUCUUUCGCUAGACUGAAACUCAGGGUUUCUGCCGCCGUCCUCCACCGGAAUUCGCUUAAAAGGGGAUAAUGACGACCAGAUUGAGGAAGAACAGGAAGAAGCGCGGACACGUGAGCGCUGGUCAUGGUCGUAUCGGAAAGCACCGAAAGCAUCCCGGAGGUCGUGGUAACGCCGGAGGAAUGCAUCAUCACCGGAUCCUGUUCGACAAGUACCAUCCUGGUUACUUCGGUAAAGUCGGUAUGAGGUAUUUCCACAGGCUCCGGAACAAGUUCCAUUGUCCUAUCGUGAACGUCGACAAGCUCUGGUCAAUGGUGCCACAGGACGUUAAGGAGAAGUCUUCAGCCGACAAGGUCCCCGUCGUCGAUGUCACUCAGUUUGGUUACUUUAAGGUGUUGGGAAAGGGAGCUGUGCCUCUGACUCAGCCUAUGGUAGUUAAGGCGAAGCUCAUUUCGAAGACUGCUGAGAAGAAGAUCAAGGAUGCCGGUGGUUGUGUUGUGCUCACUGCUUAGGUUUGUUUUCAAUUUUCAAUGCCAAUUAUGAUUAUUCCUGUUAGUUUUAUUGGCAGAGUACUUUAAUUUUGCUGAAUCUGAACUUACAUUUUAUCAACAACAUUUUGUUUCAAAAUUCUACAAAUGUGUUCUACAAUGUGCUCAUCUUUAUGGCUUAAUCGUUUUGAA